AUGUAUCUCGACCAGAUGCUCCCCGAACUCGAAAUGGGCCCCACAACAAUGAUGCUCGAGGGUCAACAGUGCCAUUACGCGCCACCUCAGCUGAAUGAGACGCGCAGGGCGGCUCAUUGCCCCGCGUCGGGUCCAUCAAGCCCGGUGUCGUUAGGCUCUGAAUCCAGCUGUUCAAGCCCGGAAGCGAAAUCGGCUGCGGAAACUCGAGUGAGACGCCCUCUAAACGCGUUCAUCAUUUGGACCAAGGAGGAGCGCAGACGCCUUGCGCAGCUGAACCCCGACCUGGAGAACACUGACCUCAGUAAAAUCCUCGGUAAGACAUGGAAGUCCAUGUCUCUGGCAGAGAAGCGUCCCUACAUGCAAGAAGCGGAAAGACUACGAAUCCAGCACACCAUCGACUACCCCAACUACAAAUACAGGCCCCGUCGGCGAAAGUGCAACAAGCGUAGCAAGACACCUCCAAGAGACACCACCACUUCUCCAAAUAGCUCCUUUCACCCCAGCUACAUGUUCCAAAGCCAAGUCCCACAGCAUCCAUACAAUCAUCAGCACUCAUACGACCGAAUAAACUCCUAUAAUCUCCCACACAGUGGCUUUGCAUUACAAAACUACUCUUCAUCAUUCCACCAUGGAGCACCAUCAUCAAAUGGAGAUGCAAUGUUCCCCAGCAGUGCAUCAUUACAUCCUCAGAAUUCAUCUUCAGUACAUCUACCCCUGGCUGCAUACUCAUUUUCACAGCAUGCCAUGCAGCAGAAUGGGGUGGAGCCCCAUGAUUGGCGGGGAACGGAGGUGUGCACAUGUGUACUUUGUUUGGGCGGACCUUCUCUGGAGUUCUAUCUAGAACAGGUGAGAUCAGACAUGCUGGAUCAGCUUGACCGCAGUGAAUUCGACCAGUACCUCAAUCCAGCGCUGCCAGACCACAACAAAGAGUGACCGCAAACUAGUUGUCCUUUACUACCUCCGUCCAGAGACUGCAAUGGUUUAACCACAGACUGGAAACAUUUAAGGUUUUUUUGCUGCUAGCAACGAAUAAUUCUUACUGUGAGACUGUGAAUAAACGACUGUAUAGAAAGAAAUCUCUUUAUUUAUGAUAAGUAAUGUUUUAGUUGCUGACAUGCACGCAGAAAGGUCAUGUCAUUGUUUACUUCAAGUUAAUAAUUUUUUUUAUAUUUGUAUAACAGUUCACAUUUAACAAGUUAUAAAUAAAAUGUCUAGACAUAACACAUGUAUGGUUCCUAAUUACUCACAUACACGCACGUUUAACUAUCUAACUGGGGACAUAUCAUAGAUUUUAUUGCUUUUAUAUAAAGAUAACUCACAAUUGGAAAUUCCUGUAUUAUUCAGCUAUACUUUAGGGGACAAUUUUGUAUGUACAAACAGAUAUAUAAUUUCUGAAAUAGUAUUAUGUUCAAAGAUGACAGACUUCAUGUCAGACUUCAUGUCUCCCAAAUGCAAAAAAGUAAAAAAAAAAAAAACCUGUAUGUAACUUUAGGAGUAAUCCAUUGGACAAGACUUAAUCUGUUAGUUCUGUAAGGUGGAGCAGAUAUUUGUUGCUUCAAGCACACUUUCAAUCAACAAAGCCAGCCACUAAAAGCCCAAAAUGCCCAGCAACUGAUCAAUGUGUCUGGAAUGAAUGCAGUACGUGGACCGUCUCAACUCUUCUCAUGUUUUUGCAUCUGCUUACCAUAGAGAAUCAGCAGUAAAAUAUUUCGCAAAUCAAAUCUCAAGUCAUCUGUAUAUGACAUGAAUUUAAACACAUUUUCUAAAUGUUUAUUAUCUUGGUGCACCAAAGAGAGAAAUAAUAUUUAUUUCUGGAUUUCUAGAUGGCUACCAACCAAAGAAUAUGCAGGGUUUCUUGCUGUAAAACUGAAUGUUAGGAAACAUACCCUAUGAACAGAUAAGCAUUCCCUUUUUGAAUGAUCACAGAUCUGUAAAGAAUAAGAAAAGUCACUUAUAAAUUGAGAAAGAAAGUGCAACAUGUUUGGAAGAGAUGUGGUUUAGCUAAAAAUGCACGUGUUUUUUCAACUUCAGGCACUUUUAACACUGUGGACUUCUAGAAAGUGAAGUCCCAUUAAAAAGUUUUCACACUCUCACUAGUUUUUAAAAAUGUGUCUACUUAUCCAACAGUGUACUGUAUGCACAUGCAUCACUGGAGAUUUAUGAGAUUUAUGGAGAUUUAUGAGAUCAUUUUUUUUUUCUGAAAGUCAUGCAAAUUUCCAGCACAUCUCAAAUUCUGUAUUGCGUGUAAUAGAAGUCUGUGGUGGAAAUGAUGGUGAUGGAAAAUACAUUUUUAAGGUUUUUGGGGAAAAAAAUUGGCCAUUGCUAAGGCUAAUUUCAUAGCUAACAUUUUAUGUAUCCUAAAUGCACACAAUUAAAUA